CCGGUUAGCCUUCGGGUGUCCGCGUGAGAGUUGGAUAAUUCUUGGAACUAGGGCUGAGAGGUGGAAGGCAGCCGGCCUUGGUUCGAGACGUGUCUGGGCUGCGAGACCGAAAUGUCGGACACGUGGAGCUCUAUCCAGGCCCACAAAAAGCAACUGGAUUCUCUGCGGGAGAGGCUGCAGCGGAGGCGGAAGCAGGACUCGGGGCACUUGGAUCUUCGGAAUCCAGAGGCAGCACUGUCUCCAGCCUUCCGUAGUGACAGCCCAGUGCCUACUGCACCCACUUCUGGUGGCCCUAAGCCCAGCACAGCUUCAGCAGUUCCUGAACUAGCUACAGACCCUGAAUUAGAGAAGAAGUUGCUACACCACCUCUCUGAUCUGGCGCUAACAUUGCCCACUGAUGCUGUGUCCAUCCGUCUUGCCAUCUCCACGCCAGAUGCCCCUGCCACUCAAGAUGGGGUGGAAAGCCUCCUACAGAAGUUUGCAGCUCAGGAGUUGAUUGAAGUAAAGCGAGGUCUCCUACAAGAUGAUGCACAUCCCACUCUUGUGACCUACGCUGAUCAUUCCAAGCUCUCUGCCAUGAUGGGGGCUGUGGCAGAAAAAAAGGGCUCUGGGGAGGUAGCAGGGACUCUCACAGGGCAGAAGCGGCGUGCAGAACAGGACUCGACCACAGUAGCUGCCUUUGCUAGCUCUUUGGCCUCUGGUUUGGCCUCUUCAGCAUCAGAAGUAGCCAAGGAGCCAACCAAGAAAUCAAGGAAACAUGCUGCCUCAGAUGUUGAUCUGGAGAUAGAGAGCCUUCUUAACCAACAAUCUACUAAGGAACAACAGAGCAAGAAGGUUAGUCAGGAGAUCCUAGAGCUACUGAAUACUACAACAGCCAAGGAACAAUCCAUAGUUGAAAAGUUUCGCUCACGAGGUCGGGCUCAAGUGCAAGAGUUCUGUGACUAUGGAACCAAGGAGGAGUGCAUGAAAGCCAGUGAUGCUGACCGGCCCUGUCGCAAGCUGCACUUCAGACGGAUCAUCAAUAAACACACUGAUGAGUCAUUAGGUGACUGCUCUUUCCUUAACACAUGUUUCCACAUGGAUACCUGCAAAUAUGUUCACUAUGAAAUUGAUGCUUGCAUGGAUUCUGAAGCUCCUGGAAGCAAAGACCAUACACCAAGCCAGGAGCUUGCCCUUACACAGAGUGUUGGAGGUGACUCCAAUGCAGAUCGACUCUUCCCACCUCAGUGGAUCUGUUGUGAUAUCCGCUACCUGGACGUCAGUAUCUUGGGCAAGUUUGCAGUUGUGAUGGCUGACCCACCCUGGGAUAUUCACAUGGAGCUGCCCUAUGGGACCCUGACAGAUGAUGAGAUGCGCAGGCUCAACAUACCAGUACUGCAGGAUGAUGGCUUUCUCUUCCUCUGGGUCACAGGCAGGGCCAUGGAGUUGGGCAGAGAAUGUCUGAACCUCUGGGGUUACGAACGGGUAGAUGAAAUUAUCUGGGUGAAGACAAAUCAACUGCAACGCAUCAUUCGGACAGGCCGCACAGGUCAUUGGUUGAACCAUGGGAAGGAACACUGCUUGGUUGGUGUCAAAGGAAAUCCCCAAGGCUUCAACCAGGGUCUGGAUUGUGAUGUGAUCGUAGCUGAGGUUCGUUCCACUAGUCAUAAACCAGAUGAAAUCUAUGGCAUGAUUGAAAGACUGUCCCCUGGCACUCGCAAGAUUGAGUUAUUUGGACGACCACACAAUGUGCAACCGAACUGGAUCACCCUUGGAAACCAACUGGAUGGGAUCCACCUACUAGACCCAGAUGUGGUUGCUCGGUUCAAGCAAAGGUAUCCAGAUGGUAUCAUCUCUAAACCUAAGAAUCUAUAGAAGUACUUCUAAACCUAAGCAGCCAUAGCCAUGGCUCUGCAGGCUGCACCUGAAGAGUAAUAUUUGUACAAUAGUUUUUUUUCCUUAUUUAAAUAAAAGUUUGUAUUGUAGUUGGGAUUUCGAGGUCAAGUUCUGGCUCUGCCACUUAACAGUGUGUGAUCUUGUGUAACUCAUCUCUCAGUAUGAUUACUUAUGUAAACUGGGAAUAUUACCUACCUCAUGGGGUUGCUAUAAGGGUUCAAACUAAAUGAAUGCAUGGAAAGCAUUAAAAUAUUGAUUAUACUGUAUAGGAUCAAAGUGAUUAGCAAUUAG